AUGUUCCGCCCACGCACCCUCCGGGCUUUGCCCAGGGGUCUGCAGCAACCCGCCGUCCGAACAUCGCGGCGCACCUUGUUCUCCCGCCAGCGCAACUCGGCGUCCCGCCCCGUCGAACGAAUGAACAUCAGGCAGAUCGGCGAGGAACGCAUGAACUACGACCGCGACCGCACCUACUUCCUCGCCGCCGGCGCCAUCGCGGGCGUCAUCUCCUUCAUAUACACGGGCAACAAGCUGCUCAACGCCCUCGCCGCCGAGAAGAAGCGCAACGCCAACGCCAACGGAACCGGAAACUCCGGCGGCUACCAGCUCGAUUCGUCGGUGCCGACCGAAACCUUCACGACCGAGGCCGGCUCCAAGCGCAAGGUCGUCCUGCACGACGACGAGGGCAGGGAGGUGGUGCCCACGGGCAACAAGACAGUACCCAGCUUCCCCCGGACCAUUGAUCUGUCCCUGAGCCAGACGCACCGUGACCCGGCCGCGCCCAUCGCCGCCUCGGUCCUUGACGCGGACGGCGUCGAGUAUACCCUCGUCGGCCUCGGCAUCCGCACCGUCACCUUCCUGGGCAUCCAGGUCUACAUGGUGGGCCACUAUGUCGCAACGGCCGACGUCGCCAAGCUACAGCACUACCUCACCAAGAAGAUCAACCCGAUCGCGACGACGCUCGUGCCCUCGGAGCGCGACAGCCUCAAGGCGAAGCUGCUGGACCCGGUCGAGGGCGAGGAGACGUGGUCGGCGCUCCUGCAGGAGGUCGGCUGCCGCAGUGCCUUCCGCAUCGUGCCCGUCCGCGACACCGACUUUCCCCACCUGCGCGACGGCUUCGUGCGCGCCAUCGCGGCGCGCUCGUCGGCCGACAAGGACGCCUACGGCGACGAGGCGUUUGGCCAGGCCAUGAAGGAGUUCAAGAGGCUGUUCAGCAGGGGCAAGGUGCAGAAGGAGAAGGAGCUGCUGCUGUGUCGCGACGAGAAGGGCGCGCUCGAGGUCGUCUUUGACGACGGCAGGAGCUUCGGCCGGCAGACGAUCGGCAAGGUGCAGGACGAGCGCGUGUCGAGGCUGCUGUGGCUCAACUGGCUGGCCGGCCGCAGCGUCGCGUCGGAGCCCGCGCGGCAGAGCAUCAUCGACGGCGUCAUGGAGUUCGUCGAGAGGCCCGUCGGGACCGUCGCCACGCAGGUCGUGUAA